AUGGCAGCGAACGCGGAAGUUCAAGUCUAUCAUCCGCUCUUUUCGUUGGAUAGCCAGGACUCGAAUGUCGUCUAUGUCACCUUGCGAUCCAAGGAAACUCCGGCAACCUACUUUUCGGUACCGCCAUUCGUCCUUCGCAGGACGUCCGGCUAUUUUUUUGGUGUUCUUGACCCCACUAGAGUGGACAACUUCCCUAUUCCCCUUGACGAGCCCGCUCCGCUGCUUGUUCUUGCUCUCAGCAUCUUAUGCGGGCUCGUGCCGACCAGUAAAGAAGACAAGGAGCACUGCGAUUUGAAAAAUCUGGACACUGUGGAGAGCCUAUUUGAUUUGUCUCAACGAUGGGAUGCGCCAGCGUUGGCUUCAAGAGUACGGGACGCGAUUAGCAGUCUACCGCUCGCCGAGAACGCCGACCCAAUACGGUCAUAUGCGUUGGCCACGCGCGCAGGAUGGGGGCAGUUGGCAAGAGACGCGGCUCGACGGACUCUCGUGCUGCCUUUAUUCAACUUCGAAGAUGAGAAGGUCCAAAAGCAGCUACACGGGCUUUCAACCACAGCUCUCCUCCGACUUUUUGCAUUCCACAGGAAACGGCGUGAUAGUUUGGACCAGAUGUUAAGAGGGAAGGCUCGGGAGAACGAAGCAUUAGUGGUUUUGGAUCAAGAGCUUGUCGUGGGGCGGUGUAAGAAAUGUGGAGAAGUCCAGGCGACUGCAAGGGGUCUUUGGAUUGAAUAUUGUUCAAGAAUUUCUGUGGAGAUGGACGUUCGCCCGUUAGGGGACAAGGUCGUUGGUUUGGCGGCAGACGCAUGGAACGAGGCAUUGGCGUGCUGGAGUGCCGAAUGCGGCGGCCCGAAUUGUCCGGGAGAGAAAACAUUUGAUCGCGAAAAGAUUUUGCUCGAGAUACAACGCUGCAUUUCCACAUUGCCAGACGAUUUCGAGUAG